GCCGAACAGCGCCAGCGUGCGCAGCCUCGGCAGGCCUACUGGCCGAGCCAGUGCGCGACCGAUCGGUUCAGCAGACCGGCGGUCCAGUCCAGAUCGGUUCAGACCGGCUGCACCGGAUCAGACCUUAGAAUUCAGGGUACUCAGAUAUAACUCUAGACGUCUUCAGGAUCUAUAUCAGUAUUUUCCGGCCAUUUUUGGCAACUCGUCAAGAGAUCUGUGUACUUUAGAAAUCAGUCAGAAUAUUUUUCAUGUGUUCAAUAAUUUUAACUUUUUCAAUGUUCAAAUGCCGCCCUGUAGGGAACCCAAUCACCCAGUUCUUUCUCAGGCCACGGUGGUCGCACAGUUUCGCGAAUAUCACCCUGAGAAAUUUUCUGGGCAUGGAGACCCCCGUAUCGUGGACGAGUGGAUUCAGGGCAUUGAGUUUAUUUUCGAGGUCAUGGAUUGUCCAGACAGAUAUCGCGUAAUCUGCGCUCAACUUCAGCUAACCGGUCAUGCUCGGCUCUGGUGGAAUGCCUACUGGAGCAUGCGUCCCGGAGAGAAGGCAGGAUGUACAUGGGAUAUGCUCAAGGAGCUAAUCCGCGAGAAGUACUACCCCACCUACUACAGAGCAGAAAUGGAGCGUCAGUUUUUGUCGCUCAAACAGGGUACUCGGUCUGUAGACGAGUACGAAAGAGAAUUUACCAGACUUGCAGCUUUUGUUCCUGACUUGGUUCGCACGGAGGCCCAGAGAGCACAGCGCUUCAUUGACGGACUUUACCCAGCAGUUCGCCAUAACAUCGUAG